UCAUUGUAUAGCAUUUUGGACGGGUUGAUAGCAGUGUUAGCAAAACUAGCAAAGCUAAAUUACUUAGCUAGUCCUCAAUUAUUUCAUUUUUUAGGCAGCAGACAGAGAUCGAACAUCAUACAACUCUAUUUAUUUAUUUGGUAGGUAACAGUCGUUCUUGAUGUAAAUGUUUCCUUAGGAAUCCAGCAAUGCACCUGGACCAAGUAGACCUGCCGUCUCCACUGGGAUACCGUACCGCUCGGAUGGUUACCAAGGAAGGCUUCAGAUUUCCAAAGAGGAAUUGGAAAAUGUUCCUGAAAACAUCUUUUACUGAAGCUGCAUCUAUCCUUUCCAUCUCCAGGCCCACUCUGUAUAAGUUACUGCAAGACUAUAAUAUCUCAGUGUCAAAAUUCAAUGUAAUCAGUGACCAUGAGUUAGAGCAGAUAGUGUCCCAGAUAAAAACUGAACAUCCACAUGUUGGAGAAGUGAUGCUGAUGGGUCAUCUGCGUUCCAAAAACAUAGUGGUUCAAAGAUGGCGCGUAAGAGAGUCACUGCGGAGGGUGGACUCGGCUGGUGUUCUAUCCAGGAGAAGAACUGCAGUUGCUCGGCGAGUAUAUUCUGUGCCUCAUCCAAAUUUCAUAUGGCACAUAGAUGGAAAUCACAAGCUGAUUCGUUGGAAGUUUGUUGUUCAUGGUGCAAUAGAUGGAUACAGCAGGAUGUUGAUGUUUCUUCAGUGCUCCAGCAAUAAUCGAGCUGAGACUGUGAAAGCUCUCUUUACUGCAGCUGUUGGACAAUUUGGCAGACCCCUGCAUAUCAGGACUGAUCAUGGAGGAGAGAACGCUCAGAUUUGGGAGGAGAUGCGAGCAAGCAGGGGUGAAAGCUCUGUCUUAAUGGGAAGUUCUGUGCACAACCAGAGGAUUGAGCGUUUCAACCGAGACUUAAACAAUAACUGUACACUGAAAAAAAUGUUUUUUUGGCCCUGUAAUUAUUAUUUCAAUUAUCUAUAUAAAUUUUACAAAAAAAUACAAAUUCAGUGCUAUUACUUUAAAAUAGCAGUUUUUCUUGUAGUGCAUUACUUGAGGAUUGUUUGUAAUUAUGUGUCCUCAGUUUUGUAUGUAAAUUGAAUCAUUCGAUCCAAGUAAUAUUCACUAAACCAAUUCAUUGGCUUAAUUAGUUGAUAUUUCCAAGUAAAAUGUAAUGGAGUGACAUCAGUGAAUAUGGCCACCUUCUCUGCAUUCGGAGCAUGACGUCAAAGCCCCUCCCCACAUUUGAGCGGUCUUUCUUCAGACAUACCAUGGUCCACAUUUCGACGGUUGGCAGACUUGACGGAAACGGGAAAAAGUGGAACCAUGAAUGUAAGUUUUAAACGGAACAAACUUUGUACGUUCCUGUUGGCUCACCUACUUAAAUCAGUUUCUCCGCACUGAAAGCAGCUGCGCUAGCAAAUAGUGUAUUUUCCGGCUAGACUUGCUGACUAACUUUCCUGGCAGGAGGUAUGUCCAGAAUUUCCCACAGCACUUUACAGCUUAGAUGGCCACCUAAACAACACACGCCUGCUGCCUUAACUAACGUCUUUGUGAAUAAAACCACCACGGUCCAGUUUAAAAUAAUUGCUGCACCGCUGCCAUGAGGUGUAUUUUGAAAAAAACAAAAAAACAAAAAAAAACGAUGUACGCACUCGAUUUCACUCAAGUCUUCAUAUUGACCUGUUUUAAAUUUGACACCGAGCUGACAUAUGUAAAAAAAAAUAAAAUAAAAUAAAAUAAUAUCAGUGUGCAUCCUUGAGUUAGUAGAAAUUAGUUGAAAAGCAUAUAGAUAACUUUUUUUUUUUUU